CUCGGUGCUGCAGGCUGCGCGGUGAAAGAGAGAGAGAGAGGAGAGGAGAGGACUUGCAGAGAUACGGUUCGUGCUUAUCCAAAUGCCACCGGACACCGACAGAGGCCUCGUACCGGACGCACGGACGGUGGUAGCGGGGCCGAGAGGCACGAGACUUACCGGGAACAUGGCGGCGAGAACAACAACCUGAACGGUACCGGAGCGACGAUACAUCAGAGGAAACGACGCGGUUGGCGGCGCGGUAACGGAGGAUCAUCACUUAACACAGGUCAACGAAUAACAGCUCAACAGUCAACACCUUAGAUAAGAGGACAUGAGGGGAAACGUAAAGGCAGCAGCCCGUUUCUAACCAACGAUUACAUCAACACAGCGUGCGGCAGCGCAUACACCAUGAGCUACAAGAUCCCCGGGGCAGCGAUGGACCGAGUCAGCCUGCUGUGGCGCAUGAGGCGUCGGGCUCGUCGUGGAGUUCUCUGCAUGGCCUUCUUCUGCAUCUCCAUGGCUCUGCUUUACGCCAUCUGUGCAGAGAACAGCGUCCCUGUCACCGACGCCAUCUUCGGGGUCCGAGCACGAACCCGGGCUCAGCCUCGAGCACACUCGGUUAUCAAGGUUCUGCGAGGCGGAGCUAAGCCGAUGUACAUCGACCCCCAGAAGAUGCCAGGGGUCGUCCCAGGUGACCCUCACCGUCCAAUCCCUGUCCUCUCCUCUCCGAACCAAACCCACGAAGCCGUAGACUCGUCGCCAAAGAGGAAGCCCAAAGAGCGGGACAACUCCGGGUUCUUCUCUCGCCUGCUGCCGCGCCCUUUAACACGUGCGCUGGAAACCCUGUUUGGAGGCCGGCGUAGGGGCGAGCUGAGUGGCAAAGGGGGGGACGCCGAGUUUUUUGGGCCUCAUGGGCUUCUGGGAGAGGUGUGGGACGACGAGAUGUCCAGUAACAUGCUCGGGAGCAGACUGAGAAAGGUGGUGCAGAAUUAUCAGGCGACGAAUAAGUACGGAGUGGAGUUCUCCGGUCCUGGCGGUGUGUCCAGCCGGCCCAAGCUGAGCGGUCCUAAACUUCUCUGCCAAAUGAAGGAAAACGUAGAGGUGGAGACGUUGACCUCUGACCUCCAGCCCUUCUCAUCUCUGCCCUGGGCCUCCCAGCUGCCAAUUAGUCAGCUGACCUCUGACCUUGGGCCGUACAGGACCUGCGCUGUGGUGUCGUCUGCAGGGUCGCUGCGCUACUCAGGACUUGGCAAAGAGAUAGACUCCCAUGAUGCAGUGCUACGCUUCAACGCCGCCCCGACCACCGGCUUCGAGAAGGAUGUCGGUUCAAAAACCACAAUCCGCCUAAUCAACUCCCAGGUGAUGGCGUCUGAUGACCACCGUUUCCUAUCCAGCUCUCUGUACAGCUCAGGUGCUCUGGUGGCCUGGGAUCCCGCCCCCUUCUCUGCUGACCUCUCUCAGUGGUACAACAGAACAGACUACCCCAUCUUCACCCAGUACCAGAGAUACAGGAGGCUUCAUCCGAUGCAGCCCUUCUACAUCCUGCAUCCUCGCUUCGAGUGGCAGGUCUGGCAACGUAUUCAAGACAACAUGGCUGAGCCCAUCCAGAGAAACCCGCCCUCCUCCGGCCUGCUUGGCACAAUACUGAUGAUGUCGCUGUGUGAGGUGGUGCAUGUUUACGAGUUCCUGCCGUCCCGCAGAAAGACAGAGCUGUGCCAUUACUACCAGCGUUUCUAUGACGCCGCCUGCACACUGGGCGCAUAUCACCCUCUACUGUACGAGAAGAAUCUGGUCAAACGGAUGAACCAGGGGUCAGACCACGACAUCUACACCCAUGGACGUGUCUCGCUGCCUGGGUUCAGACAGCUGAACUGUACCCACACUGCCGGAGUAAACAACCACUGACUUGAAAAUACACAAGGAAAGCACACAUAAACACAAACAUAUGAAGCAAAGCAGAUACCUGCAUGUAAACAUGAGGACAGACGCAUGAACAUUUCAUUCUCACUGCCAAAACAAAAGGAACGCUGUGCCACUCACUAUAAAUAUGACAUGUAACAUCAGGCUGCAAACACGUGACACACACACACAGUCCAAUUAACUAAUAGAUGUGCCUGCUGUUCAUACAUACAUACAUACAUACAUACAUACAUGACCUAUAGAGGACGUUUUAUUGAUAAACCCUGUUCAUCCCUGAAUAUACAACCCUUACAAAAGGAGCAUAUCGCUGUUUUAACCAUGUAUGUAAAAAUCAUGUAUUUUAAUGUUAAUAUUUUGUGUUUUCCAUACGGUACUAGCAGGUUUUUGAUGUCUUCCAGAAAAACAAUCAACACCUACAUACUGACAACAUUUAUACAAGCUAUACUUCCAACAACUACUGACAAGAAGCAUGAUAUAAAUAUAUAUCGAUGUAUCUAAAUAAAUGCUCCAAAAGGUCAAAUCACCCAAAAGACAUGUGGUAUGCUUUGGAAACAGAACAUCAUUAUUAUGAUGUUUAAUGUGCAGUUUAUUGGAAUGAAACAUGUUAACAUCAGCACUAUGGUUGUUUUAUCUAAUCUCAUCGUCGUCCUAAGCCAACCAAAGUCUUAAACUGACCUGCUGAAGAAGUUAAGAAAUUAUCCAAAUUGAUCUCAUUACUCAAACUAACAAAACAACAACAACCAGGCCUUAACUCAAUGUAAAUAUUGUAUUUACAUAUUUUAAACCGAAUCACAAAAGCUAAUUUCCUUUUGAAUGUUAUUUCACUUAAAGCACGACUUUCCUGAAAGCAGCUGUGGAGUAAUUAUGUUUUUUCAUUGUUUGUUGGUAGAGUCUAGAUCGGUUUUUGUAUCUGUUUUUCACCACUUCCCUAACAUCUGAUGAUACUGAGGAAAGAGCUGAUUCAGUUCUGUUACUCAGCUCAGUUUGAAUUUAGUCUUAGUACAAUCAUAGGGCACUUUCUUAUGAAUGCCACAUAAAACUUUGCUCUGGUUUCAGACAUGUCUCCUGUAGCUAGGAUUUCAGUUUGGGGAAUUUGUUAAGGCUCUAUUUUCAGGGCUUGAACUCCCUUUUUAAAACAGCAAAACAUCUUGGCUUGAAGUCAGCGGUUUUAUCCAAGUGUGAUUGUGUUUUUUCCUCAUACUUUAAUCGCUGUAAUGAGUUGUGAGUCACAGUAGGAGUACGCCAACGCCAGUCGAAUUAGAAAAUGUAUCUUCUUCUCGCCCAAAUACGUUGGGAAUGAGUGGAUAAAACGUAUAACGCCAGCUUGCUGUUUGUUUGAAACUCAAAUACGGUACCUAAAUGACUUGAAAGCAUGGUUCUCAGCAACUAAUAAGAUAUAACAGGUAUUACAAGUCUUACAUGUACCUGAUAUGUUUGGUUGUGAAGGACCGAGAAGAGUAGAAAUGUUUCUACUUUAAGGUGAUAGUGUGAACAAAGAUAUUUACAGAAAUGUCCUGGAAACACUUGCGUUGUGUUAUUGUGGACAUGGUCAGAGAGGGAACACAAAUCAAAACAGGAAGUAAACGGCCUUAGAACGAAAUAUAAUCUAUUAGAUUUAUACACAAUAUACAGUAAACAUAUGGAGGUUGUUGCCCAAGUGAAUCAACGUCCACAUGAAGCUCAAAUUAUCUCCUAAAAACAUACAACAUGUGAAUCAGACAUCUAUCUAGUUGCCUGACAUAUUUUUCUUCUCCUGCUAGUCUUUUUUUGCUAAAACACACAGACUGUUCUGGAUCAACAUAGAUGAUCUCUGAUGAAUGUCUCGACAUGAAACACAAACACACAAACCUCACUAAAUCUAUUUGUUGAAGAGAAUAAUGCCUGCCUGAUUUAACUUCACUUAUCCAAGAAUCCAGUUUUUAAAAAAUGAAGUCAAACUAAUGUUUUGUACCCACAUUGUCAAACCUGUAGUUUUCUUAUAAUUCUUAUAUAGUGUAUAUAGUAUAGCAUUAAUACCCAGGAGGACGGUCUUCAAUGUGAUUCUGUUACACAGCCAUAUAAAGCAGAGUUUUAUUAAUAUAAAUAUUCAUA